AUGACAACCAUUGAGUCCACGAGGCUGUUCCCAGCCCAACAGCCCACACCGUCAACAGCACCUCUUUCCAUCCUUGAUGCAACCGUUGCGAGAUUUGCACCUACAGGAGGCAUUUGGAUUUUCCAAAACCCGCUCAAUUCGGAUCAACAGAUCUUGAUCGACAAGCUCCGCAGUUCUUUCAGAGACACUUUGUCUAAGUUUCCUCAAUGGGCCGGCCAACUUCAAUGGGCUCCCGUCAACCCUGACGGGAACCACUCUGAGAGGUUCAAUCGGCCCUUAGUCAAAUACGGCACCGAUGCUGACCCCGGUGUGGAAUGGACAGUGAUUGAACACCCCCUCCGAGCAGAUGAGAUUACACCCACAGCUGAGGAACGCGCUUCUUUGACCACUGGCUCUCGCCUUGGAGCUUGGAAGGGUGACGACUUCAAUCAGAACCUCUUUAUCUCCCCCAAUCCAUUGGCUCUAGCCAAUCUGCGCGAUUAUAUCGGUCUCCCUGGGAUGCAAGUACAAAUCACUUUCCUUGCUUGCGGAGGCUAUGCCAUUGGAGUGAAGCUAGCGCACUGUCUAGCAGAUGCCCAAGCCUUGAUGGUCUUCGUACACCUAUGGGCAGCGACCAGCCAAAAGGAAUUCGGCUCUGAGACCGAACCUCCAAUAAUGGGCGAACCAAUCUUCAAUCCAACGCUACUGGAUAAUUGCGCAGGAGGCGACAUUGAUAGCCGCGACCGCGACCGAGAUCUUACGCAGACGGCGCGCAACUUACCCUUGCAUCGCUAUAGCUGGUGGGACACCGCCGACGAAGGCUAUCCGCAGGUCUGCAUCCCAACAACAGAAAACUCAAAGCCACCAGCCGAACACCUGGACCGCAUGAAAGUCUCUCCGUCGACGCCAGCACCGUGGCCUUCAUGGGACUUCUCCCGCCCAGUCAGUUAUACGCUGUUACAUUUCCCAGGCCCAGAGCUAGCCCGCUUCCAAGCUCUUGCCCGCGCUGAUCCCAGUGGCCGAGCGGAUAUCUCCCGUCUUGACGCCCUCCUCGCGUAUCUGUGGGCGUCAAUUGUCCGAGCACGUGGGCAAGCUGAUUCCUCGAGACCAGUUUAUCUCGACUUGAGCCUCGGCGCUCGGGCUCGCGUAUCUCCCGCUCUCCCUGAUACGUUUAUCGGCUCGCCGCUAUUCUUGACGCAUAUCGGCGGACCCGGGUCCUCGACUUGUAGGGAGACGCUGGGUGAAACAGCUAGUCGAAUUCGGGAGACGAUGGAUGAAUUCACGCCGGAUGCUAUGCAGGCGAUGCUUCACGACGCUGCUUUUGAGGUCUCGCCUCAAAGGCUGUGGCAGGGAUUUUUGGGGACUCAACAUACGCUUGUUACAUCGUGGUUGAGACUGCGAUUGUACGAUGUUGAUUUUGUUGGUGGAUGUCGACCGCGAUAUGUGCAUGCUGCAAUGCCGAAGGUGGAUGGGUGUGUUCAGGUCAUGGAUAGUGAGGUUGGUGAUCGAGGCAUGGAUAUCGCAAUCUAUCUCGAUAAAGAGGCCAUGGAGACAUUGCUUGGAGAUGGGUAUUGUGAGGGUGAGAUGUGA